AUGGCCCCCUAUGAAGCCCUGUAUGGACGAAAAUGUAGGUCCCCGAUAUGUUGGAUUGAGGUAGGUGAACGUCAAAUCUUGGAACCUGAGCUAGUUCAGGAAAUGACAGAAAAGAUAAAGAUCAUUCAAGAGAGAAUUAAGGAAGCUCAGAAUCGCCAGAAAUCCUACGCAGAUACGAGAAGAAGGAAAUUAGUGUUCCAAGUAGGUAACAAAGUGUACCUAAAGAUAUCUUCGCUAAGAAUGGUAACUCGCAGCAACAAGAAAAAGGGCAAGUUAGGUCCCAGGUAUAUAGGACCAUAUGAUAUAGUGGAAAGAAUUGGACUAGUUGCUUACCGACUUGCCCUACCCUUAGCCUUAUCAAACCUCCAUGAUGUGUUUCAUGUAUCACAACUUCAAAAACAUGAGCCAGAUCCCUUCCAGGUAAUGCCAGCUGAAACUAUCAAGAUUCAAGAAAAUCUUUCGUACGUUGAGAAACCGGUCAACAUUUUGGAUCGUAGGGAUCAAGUCCUAAGGAACAAGUCAAUUCCCCUUGUACAAGUUUUGUGGAGAAACCCAGUAAGUGAGGAGAUAACUUGGGAGCGAGAAGAAGACACGAGACUCAAUUUUCCAUACCUAUUUGAAGACCCUAUAGUUAGAAUGAGUGAAGAAUGA